AUGUCUGUAUUCGGCGCAAGGAUGUUCGGCGCUGGCUGCAUGCUGGCGGUGGCUGGCGCGGCCGUUGCCUACGGCGUCGAUCCAGCGAGCGUGGAUGCCUGCAUAGCAGUCAUGUACCCGCAGAGUGCCGGUUUCUUCGGCUCCAUGGGUGCGGCGGCCGCCCUCGUCUUUGCCAACCUGGGCUCUGCCUACGGCGCGGCCAAGUCUGGCGUCGGCGUCGCCUACCUCGGCCUCGCCGCCCCUGAGAAGAUUAUGCGCGGCAUCGUACCAGUUGUCAUGGCUGGUAUCCUGGGUAUAUACGGCCUUAUCAUUGCCGUCAUCAUCAACAAUAACAUCCACACGGAGGACAACAGCUAUUCCUCCUACGCGGGCUUUCUCCACCUCGGCGCCGGUCUUGCGGCUGGGCUCGCGGCCCUCGGCGCCGGUCUCUCCAUCGGCGUCGUCGGGGACACCGCAGCUCGUGCGUAUGGUAAGCAGGACCAAAUCUUUGUGGCGAUGGUGCUCAUGCUGAUCUUCUCCGAGGCGCUGGGCCUCUACGGGCUUAUCAUUGCGCUCCUGAUGAACAACCAGGCAAACCGCUACACCGAUCUGUGCAGCACUUCGUAA